CGAGAGAGCGGUAACGGCCGAGGCUGCCCCCGCCGGCGGCACCCAUGGGAGGGUGUGUGGGCACUCACCACGACUCCUCGGGAAGCCUGAACGAGAACUCAGACGGGACCGGAGUGGCUUUAGGUCGUAACCAGCCCUUGAAGAAAGACAAGCCCAAAUGGAAAAGUGACUACCCUAUGACAGACGGACAGUUGCGGAGCAAACGGGAUGAAUUCUGGGAUACUGCGCCAGCAUUUGAAGGACGCAAAGAAAUUUGGGAUGCUUUAAAGGCAGCAGCACAUGCUUUUGAGAGUAACGAUCAUGAACUGGCCCAGGCAAUCAUUGAUGGUGCAAGUAUAACAUUACCACACGGUGCCCUUACAGAGUGCUACGACGAACUGGGAAACCGAUACCAGCUCCCUGUUUACUGCCUUGCUCCACCAAUCAAUAUGAUAGAAGAAAAAAGUGACACAGAGACUCUGGAUAUCCCCGAGCAACCCCCAAACUCUGGGCAUGAAUGCCAGCUACGGCUGCGCCUCUCCACAGGAAAGGACCUUAGGCUUAUGGUGCGCAGCACGGACACAGUGUAUCACAUGAAGCGGCGCCUCCACACAGUUGAAGGGGUGGAACCUGCCAGCCAGCGCUGGUUCUUUUCUGGCCGGCCACUGACAGACAAAAUGAGACUGGAGGAACUAAAGAUACCCAAAGACUUUGUAGUACAAGUUAUAGUGAGCCAGCCUGUUCCAAAUCCCACACCGGUAGAGAACUGAGCCGCCCUAGAUACCCACAGCAUUCUUUUAAUCCUUACUCCUUCCUUCAAUCACUCCUUGCUCUGUUUGUACGCAUACUGUAUCCUCCUCCCCCCCUCCCUUCUUUUUAUUUUUAAAGGUAAAAAAUGGUUCUAUAUCUUGAGCUGUCAGAGCGAUGCAAUGCAUUGCCAGGCCCUUGGGCAGCCAUAGGAUUUCAUAUUGGAUUUAGUGCACAUUUGACUACAGAAGGAAGAGCCGGGCCUUCCACUGAGGUCAUGGGGCAGGGGGGAACGUUGUGUUUCAUAAAACAGCAACUAAAGACUUUUUUAUCUGGAUAAAUGAUCUUUUUUAUCUUGUUGAACUGUAUGUUGAGCAUUUAGCAUUGCACUUUUAAAA